AUGGGAUCAACUCUUGGAGUUUCACAACGGGCCGUUAUUCCAUAUGCCAAGGAUGUGGCCUAUGAGAUCAGCUCACCUUCAGAGCUCCGGGAUCUCGUGGCUCUGGUGACGGGUGGACUUAAGGUCAUUGUCCUGGCAGGAAAUCGAACUGAUUGUGCUGAUAGUUGCCUUAACUUUUCUCUUUUCACAGGAAAGAAUCGCAGGUUGAAACAAGCAAAGGAGGAGGCCCAGGCUGAGAUUGAGCAGUACCGGCUCCAGCGAGAAAAGGAAUUCAAGAAUAAGGAAGAUGCUGCCCUUGGUUCACAUGGUGAUUCAGCAACUGAAGUUGACAAAGACACUCAAGAGAAAAUUAAAGUAAUCAGGGCAAACUAUGAGCAGCACAAGGAAAUUGUCCUGAAUAACCUCCUUAAUUUGAUCUGUGACAUAAAACCAGAAAUUCAUGUCAACUUUCGCAUUAAUGGUUAGAACUGGAUUGUUGUUUUGUGUUGAGCAAAUACCAAAGCACAUUGAGAUAGCAAUAUUUUGUGUAUUACAAUAGUUAUGCAACAAUUUUACAUUCAAAUAAAAUAUGCAUCAAAUGAAUUUGGGAGAAAAAGUUUGAGUUUUCCCUGUGAAGUGUUAUAUAACUGAAACUUAAAUAUUCCUGUUUUUCCACUAGAUUUCUCCAGGCGAAUCUGAAGAUGCUUCAGCAUUGGUUUUCUACUUAAUUGGUGAUGUCAUAGUAAAAUGAAUGAUAAUUGCUAUAUAUUAGAUUUAGAUUAUAUUUUGAAUUAGGGUGCUUAUUAAACAGAAGCAGAAACAUUG